UAUAAACCUAAACAUUUCAUAUUACAUUUUCUCUCUAGUAUCAAAUGACUUCGAUCGUUUUCUUUCUUCUAGCCAUUCUUUUGAGUUCCAGAACUUCAGGAGUCACAUCUCGUGGCGGGCUCUUUGAAGCUUCUGCCGUAGAGAAACAUGAGCAAUGGAUGUCUCGAUUCAAUCGCGUGUACUCAGACGAUUCUGAGAAAACGAGUAGGUUCGAGAUCUUUACGAAUAACUUAAAGUUUGUCGAGAGCAUCAAUAUGAAUACGAACAAAACGUACACGUUGGAUGUUAACGAGUUCUCUGAUCUCACCGACGAGGAAUUUAAGGCGAGGUACACGGGGCUGGUGGUGCCCGAAGGUAUGACCAGAAUUUCAACAACUGAUUCUCAUGAAACGGUAUCGUUUAGAUAUGAAAACGUUGGUGAAACCGGUGAGAGCAUGGAUUGGAUACAGGAAGGGGCUGUUACAUCCGUUAAGCACCAACAACAAUGUGGAUGUUGCUGGGCUUUCUCGGCGGUGGCAGCAGUGGAAGGCAUGACGAAGAUUGCGAAUGGAGAGCUUGUAUCGCUGUCUGAGCAGCAACUGUUGGAUUGUAGUACGGAAAACAAUGGAUGUGGCGGAGGGAUAAUGUGGAAAGCUUUCGACUACAUUAAAGAAAACCAAGGUAUCACCACAGAGGAUAACUAUCCUUACCAAGGAGCACAACAAACAUGUGAGUCAAAUCAUCUAGCUGCUGCUACCAUCAGCGGAUACGAAACGGUUCCCCAAAAUGACGAGGAAGCAUUGCUAAAAGCAGUGUCUCAACAGCCUGUUUCCGUGGCGAUCGAAGGGUCAGGAUAUGAGUUUAUACACUACUCGGGAGGGAUAUUUAACGGAGAGUGUGGGACGCAGCUUACUCAUGCAGUUACUAUAGUUGGUUAUGGGGUGAGCGAAGAAGGCAUCAAGUAUUGGUUGUUGAAGAACUCAUGGGGAGAAUCUUGGGGAGAAAAUGGUUAUAUGAGAAUCAUGAGAGACGUAGAUUCACCUCAGGGAAUGUGUGGUUUGGCCAGCCUUGCUUACUAUCCAGUUGCUUGAAUCCUUUUGUAGUUGCUUCGAAUAUAUGUAAAUGGGUUUUGUUCUGACUAUUUCACAACACCCAUAUGAAUAAUUGUCCUUUAAAUUUGCAGCCAUUUGUAUUUUAAAGUAUUUCGGAAUUUAUGUUGGUUGAAGUAUGUAUUACGUUGGUAUAAUAAAUUGAAUUAAGUUCGU